AUGGCUCUCAAGCCUAGAAUAAAAGCUUACAGUCCGCGAUACCGUGUAUCUCACGAAUCGCCAUUCAAAAAAGUGAAGCGCAGUAUUCGUAGUUUUUUGGUCGGCUUACUCAUAGCCUCGGUUUAUGGCAUGAUGGCGUUGUUUUUGCAAAAUCACGGUCUGUUGUACAGCAUUAUCAGUACAGUAGUCAUUGCUGCUCUUGCCGCAUUUGGCAUGGGCCUAUCUAAGGGCAUAAGGGCUAAUGUCAUGCUGAUGCUGCCGACUCUGUGUUCAAAAAACGGGAAAAACAUCUUGCUGUUCCUCGCCUUCUCGAUGGUCGUCCAAGGCCCCAUGAGCAACACGAUGGAGAACUUUGACCGUGCGGCGGAUAGUGUUGUGUGCGGAGCCGAGAUGGCCAUGAACCAAACUCAGGAACUGAUGGAGCGCGCAGCGACACCUUUGCUCCCUGUGUUAAAAAAGGUUAAGGAGGUGGCAAGGAAUGCAUACUCGCUGGCAGGAAGAGUGCAGAACUUUAUUAUGUCUCUCACUGAGUCAGUUCAGCACAUCGCUCGAAGCCUGAGGAAUGUGUUACAUUUCCUAGCUGGAAUUGGAGACGUUUGCAACGACAAACUCGGUACACCGUACAAGAGAUGCAACCAGCUGUUUGACGAGGCUCGUGAUGACUGCAGGGAGCAGCUCUCUGUGUUCGCCUUCCUAUGCUACAUCGUGGAUGGCUUCAAGCCUCUUUGCCAUCUUGCCAAAGCUGGUCAGUUUUUCUGCAUCAUCCCUUCAUAUAUUGCAGAUCACAUCAAAACAAAGCUUGCUGACAUGACUGUGGAGGCAUUUAAGAAACUAAGAAAACAGUUUGAGUUCAACAUAUCGGCCUCGAUGCACUAUGACGUGCAACUCAACAGCAGCCAGUCAAUGCAAGAGGUGUCACAGAAAAUCAUGGAGGAAAUCACAGAGGAACUAUACCUCUUUCAGAAGCUUUCAGGCCUUCUGUCCUAUCUGGGCCUCUUCCUUCUUGCUUACAUUUACAUUCAGGCGGUCAUGUACAAAAACAGCUACCUGAAGCGCGACGACUUCGACAACAGCUACAUCACGGAGCGGUUCGUCCAGCUGGACCAGAGGCGCUUGUGCGAGGGCAGGCCGACCCUGCUGCCCCUGAGCCAGAGAGAGGCUCUCGCUUACAUCCAGCCACUGUCUCUGCAUCUGACUGGCAGAGAGAGAAGAGCAGCGAUCACGAGCACGAUCUCCGUCCUUCGGCACAUUGCUGUGGGCUGCGCCAUCAUGGCUCUGGACCUCAUUGUGUUCUGGGUGUUUGAUACAAUCCAGCAUCUUGCCAAGGGAGAGAUCGUUGCCAAAGCCCCUGUGAUGGUCACAGUUGAAGUAAAUGGCUCAGGCUACACAUCAGACAUCUUCAAGGAUAUUGUGGCCUCCUUUGACAUUCUGCAGAGAGGCAACAUCACCAUACUAAGCAAAAAAUGUCUCAUGGAGCCCAGAGAGCCUGACUAUACAGGAUAUGUGGUCAUAGGAGCUCUUUAUGGCCUCGCCCUUUUCAUUGUUGUUGCUGGCAGCUAUGUCAAACGUUUACGAAGGCUGAUUUGUGCCAACUACCACCCCAAACGGGAGAGGGAGAGGAUCCAUGCUUUGCAUCAGCGUAUCCUGACUCAGCGGUUGACUGUCCAAAAGAACUUGCUGAGGUUUGUGGCGAGGAGCAAGGAGGAUGGACAGUCCAGUGGUUUCCUGAAAGCACUGGCCUUGGUUCUCCCGGGUGGAUCAAGGGUGGCCAGAUUUUUGGGAGCCUUUGAUCAGUCCUGCAUGGCUUGUGGGAAGGUCUUGGAGGGCGAGGAUGAUCCUAACACCCACACCUGUUCUACCCCAAAGUGCAAAGGCCUGUACUGCCUCCAGUGCUUUAAGAGUAUGGACAACAUCUGUGCUGUGUGCAUGAGGCCUCUGACAUUCCAGGAAGACAGUGAGGAAGAGCUAGACUCCAGUGAUGAUCAGCAGGUUAGCCUCUGGACCAGUGCUCUCACCUCUCCUCACAUCAACCAGAGGAGAGACUGGAGGAGGCUGAUGAAGAGGCGCAUUUCCGUGGCAACAAGGAGACGAUCGGUGACUGGCCAGCACAGGAGUAAAGAGCCGGAGGACACCGCUGAGAACAGUGACAGCAGUCCUGUCAUCUUUGAUUCUGAUUCUGAUACUAGUGAGCCAGACAUGUCAUACCAGCACCCAGAAUCCAGCAAGUGGAACACCAAGUCUCUCCUCAACAUUGUAUCUGUUAAAGCUAUGGAACCUCAGCAGAGGGACAGUGACACUCUUUCUCCCAAUGCACACUCCAUGAACAGAAGUCAUUCUGAAGAAAUGCACCUGGACACUGUUGUAGUACAAAGCUCUACUUCACAGUAGCACUUAUAAGCUUGGUUGGUUUCAUAAUCCAGGACAAAGUAUUCAUUUGUUUGUAAAUAAAGCCUAUUUUUGA